CCCGGAAGUGAAGUGAUUCUCGGAGCCGGUGGUGUGCCACCGGCAGAAGCCUGGUGUCCAGAGUGUCGGGGAUGGAUGGCGUGACUGUCCACCAGGCUUAGCUGUGAUGAGCUUGUGGUGACAGUCCCUGGGGUGGGACAACCUGUUUUUACUCUCUGCCCCUCGCCUCCCCACAUGAUAGCUCCAUGACCUUGGGUUUCGGUAUGAUGGCCUUGUAAGAUGAGUUGGACGGUGGCCUUUCUUCCUCCGUUUUCUCAGAAAAUUGUCUCCUCAAGAUCCAGGCUUCCCUCUGCUAUCAAAUUCCUUCCUAUUCACGGCACGGCAGAUUUAUUAGUGACAGAUUCUCUUAGUUUUCCACCAUCCGAGAUUGUCUUCACUUCACCUUCCUGAAGGAUAUUUUCACAGGGGCCAUGAUACUUUCAAGGCUCUUCUCAGCAAGAUCUCAGACCCUGUUCGAGGGUGUGGGGCAUCGGCUCCCAUCCAUGCUGGCUGACCUUGAGCCCCAGCAGCGUCUCGAGCAGUGGGCUUCUCCCAGACUGCUGUCAGCGAGCUGUGCAGCCCACACCAGGCAUCAGGAGCCCCCCAGAAAGAAGCCGCUCUCUGAGAAGAAGCUGAAAAGACACUUUGUGGACCACAGGAGAGUGCUUGUGUGCGCAGGAAAUGGCGGUGCUGGGGCCAGCUGCUUCCACAGUGAGCCCCGAAAGGAGUUUGGAGGCCCAGACGGCGGGGACGGAGGCAAUGGUGGCCAUGUCAUCCUGAGAGUUGACCAACAAGUCAAGUCUCUGUCAUCAGUCCUGUCCCAGUAUGAGGGUUUCCAUGGAGAAGACGGAGGCAGGAAAAACUGCUUUGGGAGGAAUGGCGCCAACCUCUACAUCCGGGUCCCUCUGGGCACUCUGGUGAAGGAGAAAGACAAAGUUGUGGCAGACCUGUCUCACCCAGGUGAUGAGUACAUUGCCGCGCUGGGGGGUGCGGGUGGAAAAGGCAACCGGUUUUUCCUGGCCAACGACAACCGUGCCCCUGUGACUUGUACCCCUGGACAGCUGGGUCAGGAGCGAGUUCUCUACCUGGAGCUCAAAACAGUGGCCCACGCUGGGAUGGUUGGAUUCCCCAACGCUGGGAAGUCCUCGCUCCUCCGAGCCAUUUCAAAUGCAAGACCUGCCGUGGCUUCUUACCCAUUUACCACCUUAAAUCCUCAUGUGGGGAUUGUCCACUACGAAGGCUACCAGCAAAUAGCAGUGGCAGACAUCCCUGGCAUCGUACGUGGUGCCCACCAGAACCGGGGCCUGGGGCUUGCCUUCCUCAGGCACAUCGAGCGCUGCCGGUUCCUGCUGUUUGUGGUGGAUCUUUCCCUGCCAGACCCGUGGACGCAGGUCACAGAUUUAAAAUACGAACUGGAGAAGUAUGAAGAAGGCCUGUCCAAGAGACCCCACGUAGUCGUUGCAAAUAAGAUCGAUCUCCCUGAGGCCCGUGCCAGCCUGCCCCUGCUGAAGGCACACCUGGGACAGGAGGUUGUCGCACUGUCAGCAGUGACGGGGGAGAACCUGGAGCAGCUGCUACUGCAGCUGAAGGUGCUGCAUGAUGCCGACACGGAGGCUGCACUGGGGCAGGGCCACCAGCCUCUAAGGUGGUAGCAAGGCGCUGGUGUCAGCACCCCCAAGGAUUGGGGCUGGCAUGGGGGGGUGUCCACAGAGGGGCCUCCAAGCCACACGUGAGCAACCCUGAAUGUAAAGUGCCAAUGGCUUUGAGUGUAUAAGAGAAAAUGCUUUGUACAUACUUGAGAAUGUCAGUGCUUCUGGCUCCCGUGUCAGCUUGGGGCUCCCUUCUUGGCGCCCCCCACCCCCUGGCCUGGGAUUCCCUGGGGUGGUGGAAUGUUCCAUGCUCCGGACUCCCAGCCCGCCAUACCUGUGAUCUGCACAUCUGUCAACUUGCUGACUGAUUUGCUGAGGUUGACUCAUUUUUGCAAAUUAAUGCCCAUUAGGGGACAGCACUACUACUGAUUGCACCACAGGCUCUGUGCCUGUGGGGACUCUGCAUUGGGCCCACAACGAGGGCACAGCCAGAGCCUGGGCCAGGGCGCAGGCCCAAGUUUCUCAGUGCCAUGCCCCUGACGUUUUUUAGACUGGUGUGGAGGUAAACCCCGUUCCAUAGCCAGCUGGGGCUGCCCAGCUACCUGACAACCCUGCUGAGCUGCAAGGCCUGGGCGUCAGUCCAGGGGCGCUCACACUGCAGGGCCCAGAGGACAAGAAGUGUCUCCACGGCCACGCUGCUUUGCCCAGAUGUCGGCGUCUGAGGAGAAAGGAAGGGCUGGCUCCUUCCUGUUCUCAGAACACUGCGCCUCAGGAGGCGAAUGCCAAGAGAUCCUGCUGGCUUCAUGACUGAACGUGCCAGUAUCUGUCUGGUGCUGCGCAGGCUCUGGCUCAGCUUCGGUGGAGAGCAAGUUGGGCACUGGAAGGCGCAGGUGUGGUGAGACCAUGGCUGCAACUCCACUUGGCUGCCUUUGGAAUUUGAAGCGAUCCCUUGUCCUGGGCCAGGUAGUUGCCAGGCCUUGCCUGGUCUUGUGGAAAGGGAGUCCAGCCUCCUUCCCCAGGUUGGAUGGCAGCUAAGGGCAUCUUGUGUUUGCCCUGUGGCUGCCACACUCCAGAAAGCAGCCUCCUUCCCGUGUGUGGUGAAGUCCGUGUGUUGGGUUUUGACUGCACUGGAGCCACGUCCAUGCCCAGGCACCUUCCCAGCCAGGGUGAGGCUGGGCUGGCAGCUGGUAGCCCCACGUGUCCUUGGGGGCCUUCAGCCUUUUGGGGAUACACUGCCACCAGGUGACAUGGGGGUCCCAGGCUGCUCUGUGCCUUAGAGUGGGCAUGCCUAAAUAAUAAGCCAAGCCUGGGCUUUCAGGAGCAAUUCGUUUUGAUCUCACAUCAAAUCUGCAACUAGAGCAGGAGAGUCCUUUUACCAGAAGCUUUAUUUUAAUGUCUUAUAAUUUCAAAGGUCUUUGUGUUCUAGAGCCCAGAGAUGGUUUUGCAUCUAUUUUCUUUCUCUUUCAGGCCACCACAAAGGAUUCCAUAGAGUCAAACCAGGCCUGAGAGCGUUAAUUAUCUGUGGCUUUCAUCUUUUGUGCUGGGUACUGACCUGGCUCUCUGGGGGGGGGGGGUUACUGAAGAUGCCUCCAGCCCCAACCCCCAUCACAAAGACGCACCCUGGCCUCUGUCGGUUAUAGCCCUUGCUCUGGCCCUGCCUCAUCAGAUUGUGUUCUAGGGACCUGCCAGCUGUCCUCUGCUGAACUGUCACUCCCACUGGGGUGUCACAGUCACCAAGGUUGCCCAGAACUUCGCUAUCCUUACCACACAGAAAGUAUUUACCAUUGUGCUUUGAAAGUUGGUUGUUUUUCUCUCUAUCAUUCUUCCCAUUUAGGAUGGUAAAGCUAGGCUUAUUUCCCUAUGAAGUUUUCUGGUUCCCAUCAUUUUGUUUUAGAAAGAAAUU